AUGGCUUUGAGAAGCAUCACUCGUCUAAUCUCCAGCACCCCAAAAUGUGUAUCUAUCACCGCGUGCCGAGCCCAGGGCACAGUUGCUCCUGCCACGCGAAAAGUUCAAGAUGCUGAAGAUGUCAACAAGGCUGUCAAAGGAACCAAGGUGCCAUUCAACUGGCGAGAUGCUCUGGACCUGGAGGGUCAGCUUACAGAGGAGGAGGUGAUGAUCCGAGACUCCUUCCGUGACUACUGCCAGGAAAAACUCAUGCCCCGCAUCGUCAUGGCAAACAGACAUGAACAUUUCCACCGUGAGAUUGUCUCCGAGAUGGGAGAGUUGGGCGUACUAGGCCCCACUAUUAAAGGUUAUGGCUGUGCGGGAACAAGUUAUGUGGCAUAUGGCUUGAUUGCCAGAGAGGUGGAAAGAGUGGACAGUGGCUAUCGCUCAGUUAUGAGCGUACAGUCGUCACUGGUCAUGCAUCCCAUUAAUGCUUAUGGCACAGAGGCUCAGAAGGAGAAAUACCUACCCAAGCUUGCUCGCGGAGAAAUCUUGGGCUGUUUUGGCUUGACAGAGCCUAACCAUGGCAGUGAUCCCAGCAGUAUGGAAACAAAAGCCGUAUAUAACCCAUCCAGUGGUACCUUCACCAUCAGUGGAGCUAAAACAUGGAUCACUAAUUCCCCUGUAGCAGACAUUGCAGUGGUGUGGGCCAAAUGUGAAGAUGGAAAGGUGCGUGGUUUCAUCCUGGAGCGUGGAAUGAAGGGCUUUGCUACCCCAAAGAUAGAAGGCAAAUUUUCACUGAGGGCCUCCGCCACUGGCAUGAUCCUAAUGGAUGAAGUAGAAGUUCCUCAAGAAAAUCUGCUGCCAAAUAUCUCUGGUCUGGCUGGUCCCUUUGGCUGUCUCAAUAACGCUCGGUAUGGCAUCGCCUGGGGAGCUCUGGGUGCAGCGGAAUUCUGUUUCCACGCAGCUAGACAGUACACGCUUGACAGAAUACAGUUUGGGGUGCCACUGGCGAGGAAUCAGCUUAUGCAGAAGAAGAUGGCCGACAUGUUGACAGAGAUAACCCUUGGGCUGCAGUCGUGUUUGUCCCUCGGAAGACUUAUUGAUGAGAAGAAAGCAGCUCCAGAAAUGAUUUCUAUGCUGAAAAGGAAUAGCUGUGGCAAAGCUUUAGAUAUCGCAAGACAAGCCAGAGACAUGCUGGGAGGGAACGGAAUUGCCGAUGAGUACCACAUCAUCCGUCAUGUCAUGAACCUCGAGGCUGUUAACACAUAUGAAGGAACCCAUGACAUCCACGCCUUGAUCCUGGGCAGAGCUAUUACCGGACUUCAAUCUUUUACUGUUGGAAAAUAA